UUUCACUCCUUGUAUUUGUGAUGGACUAGAAAUGUCUAUGCGGUAAAUAAUUGUGCACAAAUUUACGCAACAAAUAUUGUAGGAGAGUGGAGUUGUGUUUUUAACAAUUAUUAUUUUAAGCAAAUGGCCACAGCAACUAAAUUAGGCAAGGGCCUGCAACGACUAUUCGUGGGAAAUCUACCGUGGACGGUGGGCCAUCAAGAACUACGUGCAUAUUUUAAGGAAUUCGGACGAGUAAUCUCCGCAAACGUGAUUUUCGACAGGAAAACUGGCUGUUCACGUGGAUACGGUUUCGUUGUAUUCAAUGAUAUAACGCCAAUAGAAAAGAUUGAAAGCGAACAAAAACACGUGCUUGAAGGAAAUUAUUUAAACAUUCAAAAAUCUUAAAAUAUAAUCCUAAAUAUAAAGCAUUAUACAUAAUUUUGUAUGUAGUAUACCGGA